UGGCCAGGAAGGUGAAUCAACAAGCCGAAAUGACAAGAAAUUGAAACAAACGGAUGCUUUGACGAUCGGCUCUCUGCCGAUUUUACUGGAAGACCAUGGAGGGUUUUAAAAGGUAUGACGGGACAACUUGACACAAGAUACAUACAGCUCUGCCAAUGAGCAACGCAGCAGGACACCUGACACGUUUUUGAUGAAAACGGGUACAUCGCCUUGCUAGAGAAGACAGGGCGCCCUCAGCUGAGAAACCUCAAACUUAACGGUGCUCGGUGCCCGGUGCCCUCCCGGAUCUUCCCUCCCUCUCUCCAUCACCGUGUAGGGCGGGAGGGGGGUUGUGUUCACGUGCACUCGCUGCGCGCCCCCAUGCAGUUGGACGGAGGGCGCAAUACAUAAUUCGGUCCCAGCAAGGGGACACCUCAGUCCUUCCCCUCCUGUCAAGCCGCGGAUCCGCAGCCUCUGCACAGCCCGUGGACCCGCACACCGACGCCGCCGUUCCCUGCUCCCGAGCGGAUAGAAAAUCCACCUUGGAGAAGGACGGAUGCUUGUUUUGUUUGGGGAUAGCGCAUGACUUGCAGCGGCCGAGGAAGGACGGGGCAGAGCGAGAAAGAGACAGUCAUCGGUGAUCUACAGGGGACGUAAACAUUGCCAUGCCCUGCUUCAUGCACCACUUCCCCCGAUCCGCUUCCUCCUCCACCACCUCCUCGGGUCCAGGGCAGAGGACUGUGUUUUGAAGGAAAACAGCCGAGAACAUAACGCCGCUGCCGAAGGUAAACAUUUUUGUUGAAGUUGUGUUCGGGAUAGGAGGCUGCGGCGGGCCACGGUCCGGACUGUAGGUAUCCUGCAUCCUGACUUUGCGGUCUCCGUGUUGUUCGGCCAUGCUGCAGGCAGCAUCCUCUGACCUGUUCCCGACUUGAGCUUCCCUCUCCGGGAUUAACAAGUUCCCAAGAGCAGAAAACUACUGCAGCUACUUGUUAAUGUUUUGGAGCAUUAUUUUGUACUCGUGGAACAUUCACUCUCAUGUGUAACUGAGUGAAAUGAUUUUUUUUUAACAGCAGUUUGGUUUGCUCACAGGGCUUCACAUCUAAGCCCAGAAGAUGUGAUCAGCUGCAGACAUUUUAACGCGCAGAACAUCUCAAACAUCAUCAUAAUCAAAUUGCCUCUGCAUUACUGCUUGGUGGGACCAGCCGUGUUGUUAUCACAGUUAACAUAAACACAGCGCCAUGGGUGCCAAGCAAACCAAAGGCCAGGAGCCUGGAGGAGCCAGCCCUCAGCACAGCUGGAAGCGGACACCCACCAAGGAGCGGGGAGACAUCUUGGCAUCCCUCAUGCUUAAGUCAGGGGACCGGCUGAGCCGUGGUGGGACGCCACCACCAUACCAGCGCCGCAUUGGCAUGAUCCAGGAGAUGAUGCUGAUGGCCAAGCAGGGCAAACAGGACGAGGCCACAGAGAUGCUCAGGACGCUCCGACAGGACCUGGGCAUGGAGUCAACAUCCCUGGAUGACGUGCUGUACCGCUACGCCAGCUUUAGAAACCUGGUUGACCCUAUCACACAUGACCUGAUUAUCAGCCUGGCACGAUAUGUCCACUGCCCCAAGACGGAGGGCGACUCUCUCGGGGCGAUGGAGAAGGUUUGUCGUCAGCUGACCUACCAUCUCAGCCCCCACUCUCAGUGGAGGAGACAGGGCUUGCUCAAGAGGAAACCUCAGGCCUGUCUGAAGGCGGUGCUGUCAGCCCCUCCAUCCAGCGGGGCGUUGGAUCUGUCCGGUAUCCCUCUAACGGCUCGAGACAUGGAGCGUCUGGGUGCACACCUACAGCGUAAUGCGUCCACAGUGGUCAGCUUGGAGCUGGGCUUCACCGAGCUGACGGACGAGGCCUUCCUCCUGCUCCUACCCACGCUGGCCACCAUGCCACACCUGGAGACCCUGGCAAUGAACGGAAACAGGCUGACCAGAGCUAUUCUGAAGGAGCUGACGGAUGCCCUGAAGGAUCCAGGAAGUUUCCCUAGUGUGACAUGGAUUGACCUUGGCAACAACGUGGACAUCUUCUCCCUGCCACAGCCCUUCCUGGUCAGCCUGAGGAAGCGCUGCCCCAAGCAGGGCAACCUGCCCACCAUCCUGGAAUUCGGAGAGAGUCAGGCCAGUGACCCCCCUGAGAGGCUGAGGGGGCUUGAGGAAGAGGACGAGACAGAUGACACGAACCGGACUGAGAGCAUGGGCGAGCUCCGGUCUGAGGUGGAGGAGGAGCUGGACGGAGAGAUGGAGAUAGAGGAAAUGAUGGAGGAGCUGCUGGACUUUGACAGGGAGGUGCAGGGAAAGGAGGACGAGGAGGAGAGCAUGUGGACCGUGGAGGAGCAGAGGAAAGUGGGGAGGAGAAGGGGGAGGAGAGAGGGGGAGGAGGGUGGGGAGAAGGAGGCAGAGAGGAAACAGCAGCAGCCAGGGAGGAGGGCGGUGAUGGCAGAGGAUGAGGACGACACGCAGAGCCGCUCCUCCCGUCUGUCCUACUCUAGCCAGUCACAACACUCCUCUGGAGCAAUUGAGCCAGUGAGAGUGGAGGAGGAUGACUUGACCGACCAAUCAGACCACUUGACCUGAUUGCUGCUCCCUGCUCCACUCUGCUCAUAUUUCCCCUCCUUUAUCAAGUCUUUUGUGGAAGGACGCGAGAGGAGACUCCUGCAGAGGCUAACUGAGCGCGCUCAAAGUCAAACAGGCUGCAGUGUUGAAAGGAUGUGAUCCAUAUGAACGUGCCAAUCGAUACUCCCUCCAAUGAUCUGAUUUGUGACCAGCCACCGCAGCAUUCAGAUACUGGCAGGGUGACAGCUGUACCCAGGUGACUCUUGGUGACUGUAACAUGAGAAGACAAUCCCCAACAGGAUGUCUGUUUUAUCGUAACUGUCUGCUGUUUCAAGUACAAAUAGACUAAGGAUGCUUAUACAUAGAAUAAACUGAUUAAUUAUAUCACAUGAGGCUUUUAUGUAUAGAAUGUUAUUCUUUAUUCAGGUCUGUCCUCCUGGUAACCCUGGUAAUACCUACAUGUGCCUGUAAUACAUCCCAAUACUGGUUAAAAGUGUUGAGAGCUCAAAAGAGACCAGAAAAUACAGAAACAGAGACUCAUAUAAAGUAGUCAGGGCCCUUGAACCUUUUGAAAAAUGUUUUUGCCAAAAACCAUUGGAAAUGUAUGAAGUAUCUCCCUCCCACACGUCGAUGGCUGGCCAGAUGGAUGAGAUGACAGACAGGAAUCAAAAGUCAAGCCAACAGAUUUGUGGAAAUCAGUUGUUAACUUAAGAAGUGAACAGAUGCACAGUCCUUUAGGGGAGGACAAGUGCGCUGAAGAUGAAAUUAGUCAGCUGAAACCAAUAGCAGUAAACAACGUAUAAAGAAAUCAACACAAUAAAGGCCUUGAUGAUUGUACAAAAACUGAGUGACGACAGUACAAGGUGCCCUGUAAUGGAGGGAAGACGGCUUGGUGGUCUUUUUGCCAUGUGUCCCAAAGUCCCGGGGUAUCAAGUUGAAAUAUUUAGUAGCCUUUUUCUCAUAAUCCAGGUCAUGUGUCACUCCACAGUACUGUAAACUAGUGUGCAUCACAUGCUUACAGUGCUUUAUUUAUAUACAGUAUAGGCCGCAGAUAUCCUUAUGCAGUAUGUAGCUCUCAUCCACCUGGGGCUUUCCCUCCAUGUGUCACUUAUAAUCCCUGCAAAGCUUUAAUAAACAAACCGUAUUUUUGGAUGUA